AUGCACCUGAUGGGGUGCGCCGUGGGAACCCUCGCCCAGUUUCUACCUGUGCUUUACAUCAUGAUCACGUUCAUUGUGUACGCGGUUGUGAAUGGCAGUCUUAAUCCAGUGGUUGUAUCUUCGUCCUUGGCGAUACUGUACCUUCUGCGCGUCCCGACGAAUUGGUUACCCGUAUCCUUGAGCCUUGCUGCCGACGCAUUCCAAUCGAUCAAGAGGACCGAGGACUUCCUGCUUGCUGAAGAAGUACAAGCGCAGCCAGACAUCACUCUUGCUCCAGCUGUCAAACUCAGCAAUGCAUCCUUCACGUGGGAGAGCCCACCAGCGAACGAGGAUAGUGAAUCACGAAAGGAUGAAGAGAAGAAGAAUCGCAUGCCGAGAGCUAUGAGAAGACAACGAGCGGGACAUGAAAAGAAGGGGAUCGAAACUUCGGAUACAGAAGCCCUCCCAGUCCGGGAUAGUGACGCGCCGUUCUCGCUGAGCGAUAUCUCCUUGGAAUGCCAGAGAGGUGAGCUGGUCGGUAUCAUCGGAAGCGUUGGAUUCGUCAAGACGUCCCUUCUUAUUGUUCUUGCAGGAGAUAUGAGGCAGACCGGAAGCAUUUUGCAGUUUACCGCUGACAGGGCGUACUGCCCCCAUCACCACCAGCAGCUCUAUUCCAAUGUAGUACACGCCAGCGCGAUAUACUCUGACGCUGGCAUCGUACUACUCGACGAUCCGCUUUCAGCUGUUGAUGCGCACGUAGGUACACAUAUCUUUAACGAGGCCAUCUGCGGUUUGCUCAAGGACAAAUGCCGGUUCCUAGCAACACAUCACCUGCAUCUACUGUCCCGGCUUGACAGGAUCAUCUGGAUGGUCGACGGACGUAUCGAGGCCAUAGGCACCUAUGAAGAACUGGCGGAGUCUCACCCUGCCUUCGCCAGUUUGGUCGCAAAGGGUGAUUCUGUCGGCCUCGAUAACACAACGACGAAAGCCGAGGUCUUGAUGCAGGAAGAGGCCAAGAUUGUUGAUAGCGUCCCCUUCUCUUGCAUCUCCUACUACAGGAGCAGUGCGCGAGAGCUGAGGCGACACCAAUCGAUACUCGACGGCGUGGUCUUUGCCCGUCUCAACGAAUCUAUAAUUAGAGCGGCUUGCAUUCACACCUAUGAUCGGGAGCUCCAGUUCGUCAAAUUGGUGCAUGAAGCCACCAAUGACAUGGACAGCGCCAACUUCUUGACGUUCGCCAGCCACAAUUGGCUGUCCGUUCGGCUCGACAACAUCGGCAUAUUGCUGAACUUCGUCACUGGUAUUCUCGUGGUCACCAACGCACUACCUGUUUCUCUCAGUAUCUCAGGUUUGCUGCUGACCAUGGUUGGCAUGAUGCAGGUCGUGGUGAAGUAUCUGAUCGAGGUCAACAACUCCAUGUCGAAUACCAAACGCCUGUUUCAGUACACAAACUCUCUACACCGGGAAGCCCCCCUCGACGGUGCCAGCGUGCGUCCUGCUUGGCCGGAGCAUGGAGCCAUAGAAUACGAGACUGUGCAGAUACGCUACCGCCCUGGUCUUCCGCUGGUGGUUGAUAACUUCUGCUUGAGGAUAGCUGGGGGUUGGGAGGCUCGGGAUCGUUCGCCGCACCAGUGCUGGAAAAAGCACCAUCCUAUCAAACCUCUUCAGGCUGACAGAGAUUUCUGGCGGGCGCAUUACCAUCGAUGGUGUUAA